UGUAGCGCAGCGAUCGGCAGUGCGCUGUGUCCCUCGGACACAGCGGAUCACCAAUCAAUGGAAAGAGCCGAAGAUGUCAGCUCAGUCAUGUGAUCAGCUGUGUCCAAUCACAGCCGAUCACAUGGGACAUGUACACAGAUCAUCAGAGCACUGAUGAUCAGUGUGCCCUGAUGAUCUGUGUAGCCCCAGCAGUGCCAGCUGUCAGUGCUCAUCCAUGCCACCUGCCAGUGCCCAUCAGUGCCACAUCAAAUGCCACAUAUCAGUGCCCAUCUGAGCUGCCUUUCAGUGUCACCCAUCAGUGCCAGUCAGUGCCAACUAUCAAUGCCAGUCAGUGCCACCUAUCAGUGCUGCCAAUCAGUGCCACCUAUCAGUGCUGCCAAUCAGUGCCACCUAUCAGUGCCAGUCAGUGCCAACUAUCAGUGUGCAUCAGUGCUGCCUAUCAGUGCCUGUCAGUGCUGCCUAUCAGUGCCACCUAACAGUG